UCGAUAAGUCUCCGUCGAUAAAAAAAAUCGCAAGUCGAUUAAUCGGCCGGCGCAAACCUCGACCGAAAGCCCAUCGAUGUUUCCCUGAAAAUCGCAGUUCUCGAUUAAUCGCCGACCACCGCACACCUCCACUCACGUCCCACGUCCUUCCCCAACCCACUGAUUAACUGAUUGCGCUUGACGUCACUGAUUAGGCCGCCAAGAUGGCUGUCAAUGUUGAUAAGUGGUUCGGUUGCUCGUGUUGAGGAAAAAAACCCCUUUGCGCCGACUAGUCAAUAAAAGCACUGCCCGCCAGCCGAAGAAAAGGCCAAAAAACCAGUGAACCCGCCUCACCCAAGUGUUCGAAUAAAUUGUGUGACAGCCGUUUGGGGGGCGAGGUGUGUAGUUUCCCCGAGAAAUGGAGUUGCAAAGAGCCCCUAAAUACCCCAAAUGACGAGAGAGUGCGACUAAAGGGCCCCAAUCCCGCUUGGCGACCGGUUUCCCCCAAAUUCCCCAAAAAUUCAAGUGCAUCGAAAUGGCAGAGACAGAGGAGCCCGAGCAGGACUCCCGCCGUGCCCUUUACGUCGUGCAAUCGAUGAUUGACAUUUCAGCAGACCGCCUCGAGGGUCUGCGAACAAAAUGUUCGACCAGUGCGGAACUAACUCAGCAAGAAAUCCGGACCCUCGAGGGAAAACUGAUAAAAUUAUACUCAGAACAGCUGGUGGAGAAGUCGAAGCUGCCAGUGGACUCCCUGCCCCCCGAGAUGCGCCAGUACCCGUCCCUCCACCAGUGGCUGCGAGUGGUGGGUCUAACCCCCGAGUCAAUCAGAAACGUCUGCACAAAGGCCCAGACCCUGGAGGCCCUCAAGGAGAAAUCAGAGCACGAACUGGGCACAAUGCUGGGUGAAAACACAACGAGACACGAGGAGGAGCUCCGAAGAUUGUGCCGAGCGCUCCACAAUUUACGUCGCUACAUCGACGUGUUGCUGCAGCGAGGUGGAGACGAGAGUGGCGAGAUGCUGAACCUCUACUGGGACUCCUGGGACAGGCACCACCUGCGAGGAGGCACCUCCCCCAGGCCAGUGCGAUCACGCGCCACCAGACGCUCGAUCCCCUCUGACGACAGUAUUCCCUACAACAACAACAACAACAACAACGACAACAACAAUUUCCCGGAAACCCUAGCUCAGGCGUCAUCGAUAAUCAGCCUGACGACGAGCCCCCCAUCGACCCCAGUGCUGCUGCGCCAGGCUGUUAAAUUCCCAACAACUCCACCCCCGAGCAAACGCCACAACGCAGUCCUCUCGCCGCUGCCGGACGUCUUCCCCCUGACAAAAUCCAAGUCCCACGAGUCCCAACUGGCCAGCAGAAUCGAGAAUGGCGAUGGUAAUGGGGGGAACAACACGCCAGGGACGAAUGACUCAACCAGGCGACAUAGACUGCCAACUGAGACGGGCUCCUGCAGCAAUGCUGACAUAACAGCUUGCCAGUUGGACGGCAAUUCAAUGGUGACGAGCAGCCCCGUCAAGUCCCCGCCGUACUCGAGUGCUGAGAGUGACGACAACAGCUCAAAGGGCCCAGCAGCCAAUCUCCAGGUGCCCAAGUCCCCGAGGACUCCAACGGUGACCCGUGGCAUGGGCCACAUAAUAGCCCAUCGUUUCACCAAGACAUUCAAGAUGAUGACGACCUGCGACUACUGUGAUAAGCAAAUGUUCAUUGGCACGGGACUGAAGUGCAAGGAGUGCAAGUACAAAUGCCACAGAGAUUGCGAGUCUAAGGUGCCACCCUCGUGUGGCCUGCCACAAGAGCUCUUUAAUGAGUUCAAGAGGACUCUCCAGGCCGAUGGGAUGGUCAACGCCUCGCCGGUGCUCGGGAAGCCCAGCAUCACCUCGCCGAAUCAUCACAGCUCCAAUCUCCGCAGCUCCUUGGACAGGAGGUACCGGAAACACUCGCAUCCGCAUUCGUCUAUGAAUAUUCCGUUUCAGGGGGCUGAUUCGAGCUCCAACACCUCGAGCUGCAACAGCUCGACACCCUCCAGCCCAGCUCUGCUGCCUGGGAGCAAUCAGACGCAGGUUUUGGCGACCACGACGACGACGAUGACGACGACGAAACAGCAGUUUCAUUUUCCUGAUGUGACGCUUAAUGACAAGAGUGUUCUCUCGAUGGAUCACCACAGCCACAGGUUGGAGAGCACCAGCAUCUCCACGGACAGCGACAGGACGGUGUCGGUGUCGGGGUCUGGGUCGGUGAGCACUGACUCGGAGAGGACGCCGGUCAGGGUUGACUCGCAGGACUCGCAGGUGUCCGAUGGCGAGCCUGGUGACAGCCGCUGGCCCAGGCAGAACAGCCUCUCCAUGAGGGAGUGGGAGAUUCCUUAUGAUGAAUUGCAAAUUGGGGAUCCCAUUGGCACCGGACGAUUUGGGACGGUUUACAGGGGCAAUUGGCAUGGGGAUGUGGCCAUCAAAGUACUCAAUAUGGAUUAUUAUUCGGAUGAUGAUAAGACACUGGAGGCUUUCAAGCUGGAAGUCGCCACUUUUAGGAAAACUCGACACGAAAAUCUGGUGCUGUUCAUGGGGGCCUGCAUGAAACAGCCGCAUCUGGCCAUUGUCACGAGCUUGAGCAAAGGAAUGACGCUUUAUACGCAUAUUCAUUUGCGGAAGGACAAGUUCAAUAUGAACAAGACGACUAUCAUUGCUCAGCAAAUUUCACAGGGAAUGGGAUAUCUUCACGCUCGUGGCAUCAUCCACAAGGAUCUCAAAAGCAAAAAUAUAUUCCUCGAGAAUGGAAAAGUUGUCAUCACUGACUUUGGACUGUUUAGUGUAACGAAACUCUGUUAUGGAAAUAGAAAAAGCAAUGGCUUGAGCAUACCACCUGGUUGGCUGUGUUAUUUGGCCCCAGAAAUUGUCGCUCGAUUGCGGCCGCAGCAGACGAGAGAUCAGGAGGAGCUGCCAUUCACUGAAGCAUCCGAUGUUUACGCAUUUGGAACCGUGUGGUACGAGUUGCUGUGUGGUGAAUGGCCUUUCAAAGGACAACCCCCUGAGGCAAUAAUCUGGCAAGUUGGCAAGGGCAUGAAGCAAACUUUGGCCAAUCUUCAAGCCUCUCGCGAAGUCAAAGACAUUCUCAUGCUGUGCUGGUCCUAUCAUUCCACCAGUCGACCCGAUUUCUCAAAAUUAUUAUCAACAUUGGAGAAAUUGCCUCGCAAAAGACUCGCUCGCAGUCCAUCGCAUCCAAUUCACCUGUCACGAUCAGCAGAAUCUGUCUUCUAAAUGCCAUCGAUCGGUCGAGUUGACAGCGUUUCCACUGACACUAAAUCCUAAUCAUUAAUGUGAAAUUGUAGAUAUUGGUGAUAAGUUGCAUUCAAAAUUUCAUUACCUAUAAGUAUUUAUAUCUGUACUUUUGUUCUCUUCACAUAUAUGUAGGUGAAUCUGUCUGUUGCAUUAUACUGACGUCCUCAGAGGGAAUGCAAAAAACUGAAAAAUUCGUAAUUCUCACCCAUAAUAAGAUUAACUCAGCGGCGAAGCGGUAAACCGGGUCACGUCGAUUUUGACUUGCCCAGUUUUUUACGAAUAUCUCGGAAUCUA